AUGGGACCAUUUCGGUGGAUCCUACAAUAUUUUCGCACAGAGCCCACACUCAAGGCUUCCAAAGAUGGGGAAGAAGAAGUACGGAAUCGAUCAUUGAGCCAUACCGACCAGAACCUUUUAGUGGGUUUCCCCUGGGAUCUAUGGGUUGCGAGCGCCGUUCUGAGUCACUGGCCGCGUCCGUUCCGUACAGGGACGGUCGAACAUCGGCUAAUGGUUCGCCUGGCCACAAUACCGUUGCAAGGCAAAGUACACCCUAGUGCGGUUCCGCUGGAGUUGGGUUUCGGCGUUUCCGCCCAGAGCAUCUCUCGCGUACAUUCUAGUAUGGUCGUGGAUACCUGUGAAGUUGCUAGCCACGCCUUGCGCUGUAGCCUUAUGGAGCACCAGAGGCAGGGCCUCGCCUGGAUGAACGAACUGGAAAAAAGCGCACGAAGAGGCGGGAUCCUAGCAGACGAUAUGGGUCUUGGAAAAACCGUUCAGGCGCUAUCGCUCAUUGUAGUGCGUCCAGGAUCGAUCAUGGAACGGCACGCAACUCUCAUCAUCGCGCCAGCUGGAUUGGUCCAGCAGUGGAAGGAAUCGAUCAAGCAGUUGCUGAAUCCCGGCAGUUACCAGCUUAGAGUGUAUGUGCAUCACGGCAGCAAACGACCGGUGUCCUUUGCGCACUUGCAUGACCAUGAUAUUGUUAUCACUACAUAUGGUACCGUGGCGGCUGAAUGGCAAAGGAAACAGAGCCUCGACCACGCGUCAUUCUCCGGGAGUGAACCGAUCUUAGGCCCUUCUAGUCGAUGGCACCGGGUCGUCCUCGAUGAGGCUCAGAACAUCAAGAAUGACCGCUCAAAUGCGGCCAUGGGCUGCUGCGCGAUUGAUGCCACCUACCGAUGGUGCCUGAGUGCGACCCCACUCAUGAACCACCAGCGGGAGCUGUAUUCGUUGUUAAAGUUCCUCCGUGUCGCCGAGUACACCGGUGUCGAUGGGACAGCCUUUCAAUCGGCAUUUAAUAGCGGUUACGAGUAUGAACGGAGGGGAGCGGCCGAGCAACUGCAAAGCGUUCUACAAACGAUACUCCUGCGACGUACGAAGUCAUCGGUUAUUGGCGGUCGGCCAAUCGUUCAGCUGCCUUCCCGGACUACAGAGAAGGUGUACGUGGAUCUUAACGAAGAAGAGCGAAGACUGUACACGGCCCUUGAGGGUAGCGUGCAUGCCCAACUGGAUCACUACCCGAACGGCGAAGCGAGGCGUCACAGUGUCACACAUAUGAUUUCUCUCUUACAGCGCCUCCAACGCGCGUGCUGCCACCCGUUCCUUGUAACUGACGACAGCAGACCACUCGGAAAGCAUAUUUUGACGGAAGAGCAAUUGAUGGGGAAUGCCCGACAAUUACCUGAGGCGGUAAUUCUCCGCCUCCGUGUAGCCGAGGAUCUUCUCGACUGCCCUAUUUGCUUCGACGUGGUGGAAGAUCCCAUGAUCUUCUUUCCAUGCGGACACAGUGCCUGUGUCGACUGCUUUGGCCGGAUUUCCAGCGCUCGGGAGGUGCGAUGCCACAGUUGUCGUGCAGUGAUCGAUCCCGCCAGAGCAACGAACUACGUCUCAUUCGCACGAUCCAAUGCACUUCUGCUGGAAGACAGUGUCUCGGCUACCGAGUCGCCUGUGCCAGAGGUUGUCGCCGGAAUGGCCGAAUACCCAAAGGCGGGUAGUCAGAGGGGUGGCGGAUCGAACUCUACUCGGGAGAGUGACCCAAGUGCUUUUCAGAGCGGCGUACAUACGCAGCAGUGGCGUACCGCUUUCCGACCUAACGAAGGCGAAUCCACACAGAGGUUGUCGUUAUUGCGGAAACAAUCAAGCAGGAGCUCUGCCGCCAGACGCAGCUACCGGCAAGCGCUUGAAAAUGCAUGGAUUACUAGCUCGAAAAUCGAUAAGGCUCUAGAGAUAGUGGAGCAAAUACAGAACGACGGAACAGGAGAUAAAAUAAUCAUAUUCAGCCAAUUUACCUCCCUGUUGGACCUUGUGGAGAUACCACUCCGGCGGCGAGGCUGGCUUUUUGGUCGCUACGACGGAAGUAUGAGACUCGCAGACCGCCACGCUGUAGUAGUUGAGUUCUCGACGAACCCUAACUGCAGACUCAUGUUAGUAUCUCUGCGGGCUGGAAACGCGGGCCUGAACCUCACCGCCGCGUCAAAAGUCAUAAUCCUCGAUCCGUUCUGGAACCCCUUUGUCGAAGAACAGGCGAUAGGUCGCGUGCAUCGAAUUGGCCAACAGCGACCAGUGCAUGUCUUCCGUAUUCUUAUUCCUGAUACGGUUGAGGACCGCAUUCAAAAUCUUCAAGAUGAAAAGCGCCGGCUUGUCCAAGGAACCCUAAGCGACGCCGCUGAUUCAGCCGUCCGUCUAGGAAGGCAGAACUUAACAUAUCUCUUGGUUGGUCCCACGUCCUUCGCAAGGAAGCCAGUGUAA